AUGCCAAAACGAAUAGCCAUCAUCGGUGCUGGUGCCACCGGCAUGACCGCCUGCAAAGCCUGCCUCGAACAGGGUUUCGACGUGGUUGUCUUCGAGCGAACCAACUACACCGGCGGCCUAUGGCGUUACCAGGAAAGUUUGGAUGAAAAUGGGACCGCCUCGGUGAUGCGCUCCACUAUUAUCAACAGCUCAAAGGAAAUGUCUGCCUUUUCUGACUUUCCACCGCCAGCUGAGUUUCCCAACUACAUGCACAACACUAAAAUGGUACAUCAGCACGUUGCAUACUUUGACAUGUACGCUGAAAAGUUCAACUUUAAAAAAUACGUUCAGUUUAGAAAUGAAGUAGUUUCCAUUGAGCAAGCAGACAAUUACGAUCAAAGUGGUUGCUGGGUGGUUCGCACGCGCAACCUCGACACGUUAGCGGAAAGUUCGGUUCAGUUUGACGGCGUCAUGAUUUGUACGGGCCACCAUGGAACGGUAAAUCAGCCAAAACUCAAGGGCGAAGAAAAGUUUAAAGGACAAAUCAUGCACACGCAUUCGCUGAAGCAUUCAGACGGCUUUGAGGGCAAAAACGUCGUCGUCAUUGGCAUCGGCAACUCGGGAAUGGAUGCUGCAGUGGAGAUAUCUCAAGUUACCAAGCAGGUUAACGAUGCACUGCCUAAUCGCAUACUGAGUGGCACUGUCAUUGUGAAGGGUGACAUCGAUCAUCUGACCGAGAAGGGAGUUGUCUUCAAAAAUGAGCCGGAUAAAGUGGUAGAAGUAGACUGCAUAAUCAAAGCCACCGGAUAUAAAAUUACCUUUCCCUUUAUCUCUGAAAAAAUUGUUUCCGUGAAAGGCAAUAAAGUGCGACUGUAUAAGCACCAGUUUGUGCCUCAGCUAAAGCAUCCAAGUUUGGCGUUUAUCGGUUUAAUUCAGCCCAUCGGUGCACUUCUGCCCAUAUCAGAGAUGCAAUCACGCUGGUACGCCCAGUUGAUGGCUGGCAAUCUUCGACUGCCUUCAGUGGAGCAAAUGGAGAAGGACAUCAAAGCAAAGGAGGAUGAACUGGCCUGGAG